UUUUCGUACUGAAAUACUCCUAUAAAAGAAAAGCUUUUUUUUUUUUUAUUGAAGUAUAUUGAAUGAGAUAUUUAUAUUUAUAAUAAUUUUCACGUUUUUGUUGGCCACGUAGUAAACGCAAGCAAGACCAAUUAUUGACAUUUGAAGGGCCAUGGGUAUUCAAGGGCUGAUACCUCUUUUAGAAAAAUCAUGGAGGACCAUCAACAUAUCGGAGUUUUCUGGAUGUACUGUGGCCAUCGACGCUUAUUGCUGGUUACACAAAGGUGUAUAUACUUGUGCUGAGAAAUUAGCAAGAGGAGAGGACAGUCAAGCGUAUGUAUACUAUUGUAUGCGUUUUGUGUCAAUGUUGUUAGAUAAAAAUAUUAAACCAAUUUUAGUGUUUGAUGGACAACGUUUACCCGCUAAAGCUGAUACUGAAUCAAAACGCCGAAAACUAAGAGAAGAAAAUCGAAAGAAAGCAGCCGAAUUGAUGCGUUUGGAUAAAGGAAAAGAAGCUUCAUCUCUUUUAAGACGGAGUAUUGAUGUUACCCAUAAAAUGGCUUUAAAYCUCAUUAAGCGUUGCAGAAAGAUUAAUGUUGAUUGUAUUGUAGCACCAUAUGAAGCUGAUUCUCAAUUAGCAUAUUUAAAUUUAAGCGGAAUCGCUCAUAUAGUUAUUACAGAAGACUCAGAUUUAUUGCUGUUUGGUUGCAAAARAGUUUUAUUUAAAUUAGACCAAAAUGGUGCUGGUAUAUUAAUUGAACAAGAAAAAAUACAUCUCUCAAUGAAUAUCCAACCUGAAGAGUUUAGCUUUGAUAAAUUUCGUUAUAUGUGUAUACUAUCGGGCUGUGAUUAUUUACCUUCUGUUCCUGGAGUAGGGUUGGUUAAAGCUCGACAAUUCAUCACUAGAACAAGUGAACCAGAUAUCUACAAAGCACUUUCAAGAUUAGGAUCUUUUGUGAAUAUUAAAAUCCCUCCUGAAUACCGUGAUCAAUUUAUGGAUGCUGAUCGUAUGUUUAAGUAUCAACCUGUAUUCGAUCCAUUAUCUCGUCGAAUUAUACCAUUAAAUGAUAUAUCAGACUCUAAUAUAUCUGUGCUUGUUUCAAAGCUAACCUCUCAUCAGGCUUAUCAACUUGCCCUAGGAAAUAUAGAUCCCAUUUCUUUAGAAGUUGUAGAUAAUUGGGAUCCCGAUAUUAAAUUAAUUCCUGAUGAAAUUGUGAAAAAUAAAAUUAUUAAAGCUCGUCAUAAAAGCAUUUGGUCAAAAGACUACCAACCAUCUAAAUAUAACCCUAAAGUAUGUACUUUUACACCAGAARUUGUCAAGAAUUCUCCCACUACAAGUCCCAAGGUAUCCAAUAAUUUCACUCGGUCAUCACAAAUUCAUCAAACACCUGUAAUUAAGAAACUUCUACCUGUAACUGAAGAUGAUAUACUAAAUACUCUUGAUGAAAUUUAUGAAAAUGAAAACAUUUUGGAAAAAUGUGAUGUUAUUACUGAAGAAAAAUAUAARUCAACACCAUUACCGUCCAUUAAAGAUUGCCAAAUUAAAGACAAACAUUUUAAACAAGAUUCCGAUACGGAAGAAAAUGAAUCGCCUUCAUUUUUAAAACAAUUAUCUAAAAGAAAGUAUACAGUUAUAGACCCAGAUGUUCAAGUAGUUAGUGGUUACUUUUCUCCUCAAACAUCCAAAAUAAGUGAAGUUCAUGAAGAAGAAUCUAUAAAUCCAUUUAAAACUCGCAAGAUAACCAUACAUAAAAUUAUAAAUAGUAAAGAUGAUUUAAAUACCUCUUUAAAUUCUAGUCAUAUUAACGAAGGAAAUAUACCACAAUGUUUUGAAAACGAAGAAGUCAACACAAAAACAUUUAAUAAAAAACUUCCUAAUCAAACGCAAACUGCCUUUAGUUGGAAGAGUUACUCAAAUAAUAGAAUGGUAACAAAUAGAGAAAUACAUAAUGAGGAACAAAAAUACCAGAACAGUCCAAAUGAUACCUUUUCAGUGAUUGAUGAUAUUAAAAGAKUCGACCAUGAAAACGAUAUUGAUGAAGGAUUCGGUAGUCAGAGUACAAAAGAAACCAACAAUAUUACUGUGACYCCAAAAYUGAGAAAGCGUUCAUAUCCAAGGACUGGACUAUCUAAAAGCACUGGAAAAAACAGUCAGACUCUGUUGUCCAAAUUUGGYUUCAAAACUGGUGACAAAUUAAAACGUUAAAAGCAAGUAUGCUCAAUUGAUGAUUUCUAUUCACCCCAAGACUGAAGACGUAAGCUUAAAUUACGACAAAAGCUUAUUCUUWUUAAUUAAUUAUCUUUAAUGUUUAUUAUUAGGAUUUAGAUUAUUUAAUAUUUACUAUACAUGUAAG